AUGGAGACACAAUGAAAUCUUUCAAGAUUAUUCUAUUUGCUCUGCUGGGUCUGAUGCUCUUUGCAGACGCAAGGCGCUUCAGGUCGACCCCAUACAAAAUGCUUCCAUGGAAACCAAUAACAACACCCAAACCCGUAGUGAUGAAACUUUCAAUGAACUUGACAAGAGCUCAACGCAUAGAGCUGAGCGAUCAUUGCAAAGCCAACGGCAUGGAAUGCCGAAUCGCCGAGGAAUGUUGCACUUUAAAGUGCGCGAUUGCGAAUCAGAAGUGUAUCGAGUUGUUAAACCCCGAUGAUAUACUGGCUCCGAACAUAUAUGGUAUAUGAGCAUUGUACUUGAUAUAUUUAUGAUAAUAUUUUGAUAUAUUAAGAUA